AUGACAAUAAUAAAAGUCACCAGGUGUCCAACAACCACUAUUCCUACAACGGAAGACACCACGGCUCCAACAAGUUCAAUCGCUACAACGGAAGUCACCACAGCUCCAACAAGUCCAAUUGCUACAACGGAAGUAACCACAGCUCCAACAAGUCCCAUCGCUACAGCCGAAGUCACAACAGCUCUAACAACUCCUAUUCCUACAACGGAAGUCACCGCAGCUCCAAUAACUCCUAUUCCUACAACGAAAGUCACCACAGCUCCAACAAGUCCAAUCGCUACAACGGAAGUCACCACAGCUCCAACAAGUCCAAUCGCUACAACGGAAGUCACCACAGCUCCAACAAGUUCAAUCGCUACAACCGAAGUCACCACAGCUCCAACAAGUCCAAUCGCUACAACGGAAAUCACCAAAGCUCCAACAAGUCCAAUCGCUACAACGGAAGUCACCACAGCUCCAACAACUCCUAUUCCUACAACGGAAGUCACCACAGCUCCAACAACUCCUAUUCCUACAACGGAAGUCAACACAGCUCCAACAAGUCCAAUCGGUAAAACGGAAGUCACCACAGCUCCAACAAGUUCAAUCGCAACAACGGAAGUCACCGCAGCUCAAACAAGUUCAAUCGCUACAACCGAAGUCACCACAGCUCCAACAACUCCUAUUCCUACAAAGGAAGUCACCACAGCUCCAACAAGUCCAAUCGCUACAACGGAAGUCACUACAGCUCCAACAAGUUCAAUCGCUACAACGGAAGUCACCACAGCUCCAACAACUCCUAUUCCUACAACGGAAGUCACCACAGCUCCAAGAAGUCCAAUCGCUACAACGGAAGUCACCACAGCUCCAACAACUCCUAUUCCUACAACGCAAGUCACCACAGCUCCAACAACUCCUAUUCCUACAACGGAAGUCACCACAGCUCCAACAAGUCCAAUCGCUACAACGGAAGUCACCACAGCUCAAACAAGUUCAAUCGCUACAACCGAAGUCACCACAGCUCCAACAAGUCCAAUCGCUACAACGGAAAUCACCAAAGCUCCAACAAGUCCAAUCGCUACAACGGAAGUCACCACAGCUCCAACAACUCCUAUUCCUACAACGGAAGUCACCACAGCUCCAACAACUCCUAUUCCUACAACGGAAGUCACCACAGCUUGA